AUGCCAAUGCUGCCCGAAAACGUAGAUGUAGAUCUAAGAAAACCGCUAAACAACGUCAACAACAGCGCCAACAAGAUGCUGAUAUUCACCGCAGAGUGUCACAUUAACAAUUAUCAGCUAUAUAAUUUUGCCC